GUGUGUGUGUGUGUGUGUGUGUGUGUCUGUGUUAGUGUGUUUGUCCUGUGACUAAAACUACAGCAGUGUGUUUGAGAGUCAGUGUGGCGCCUCUUAUCAGAAAUACAAGAGGCUGCACCACAUGUAAGUGAUGGACACACACUCAUUCACACAGACUCACACACACUCACACACACACAUACACACACACACACCUUCAGUUUGAAGCAGGGGACAGACCAGCAGCUGCUGAUCUCAGAGGCGAUUGCAGACGCUUGCAGACAGUUACAGACGGUUACUGGCGGUUGCAGACGGUGGGUGACGGUUGCAGACGGUGGGUGACAGUUGCAGACGGUUGCAGACCGCUACUGGUGGUUGCACAUCGCUACUGGUGGUUGCACACCGCUACUGACGGUUGCAGUUGGUUACUGACGGUUGCAGGCGGUGGAGUCCGGUGCUGCAUGAUGCAGGAUGGCGCUGCUGCUGCCCCCUGUCGGUUCAGAGAUCUUCAGACGCUUCCUGCCCGACUCGCUGGAGAAAAUCCAACGACGACAUGAAGCCAAGGAGGAGGAGCAGCAAAGGAGGAAGGAGAAGAACAUAGAGGUAGCAGAGGAGGAUCUUCCUAAACCAGCCAGUGACCUGGAGGCCGGGAAGCCCCUCCCUUUCAUCUAUGGAGACCCGCCCCCUGAGUUCCUCAACACACCAUUGGAGGAGCUGGAUCCCUUCUACCAAUCAGAACAGACGUUCAUCCUGCUGGGUAAGGGUAACACCAUCUUCCGGUUUAACGCUGAGCCGGCGUGCUAUCUGCUGAGUCCAUGCAGUCGACUGAGGAUCGCCGCCAUCAGGAUCCUCAUCCACUCUCUGUUCAGUUUGUUUAUCAUGGUGACCAUCCUGGCCAACUGCGCCUUCAUGACGCUGAGCAAUCCUCCGGCCUGGAGCAAGAUCGUGGAAUAUGUGUUUACAUUCAUUUACACGUUUGAGGCCACGGUAAAAGUCUUCUCCAGAGGUUUCUGUAUGGGGAAAUUCACCUUCCUGAAGGACCCGUGGAACUGGCUGGACUUCAUGGUCAUCAGCAUGGCGUACCUCACUGAGUUCGUGGAUCUGGGAAACGUAUCUGUGCUGAGGACAUUCAGAGUCCUCCGAGCACUGAAGACCAUCACUGUGAUCCCUGGUCUGAAGACCAUAGUGGGAGCUCUGAUGCAGUCGGUGAAGAAGCUGGGUGACGUGAUGAUCCUGACGGUGUUCUGCCUCAGCGUCUUCGCUCUGAUUGGUCUGCAGCUCUUCAUGGGAAACCUGCGGCAGAAGUGUGUCCUGAUCCCCCCCCAGUUCAUCAACCAUACGUCUGACAUCGGACAGGGUUACGAUGUCAAUGACACUAAUUUCAACAAUACAGGAAGUGGCUUUGAUUACCAUGAGUACAUUAACAACCCAGACAACUACUACUUCCAGUCGGGUCAGCUGGAUGCCCUGCUGUGUGGAAACAGCUCCGAUGCCGGGGUCUGUCCAGAGGGCUAUGUGUGUCUGAAGGCUGGCAGGAACCCUAACUAUGGAUACACCAGCUACGACUCGUUCGGAUGGGCCUUCCUGUCUCUCUUCAGACUGAUGACUCAGGACUUCUGGGAAAACCUCUUCCAGCUGACCCUGAGGGCAGCAGGGAAGACCUACAUGGUGUUUUUCGUGGUGGUGAUCUUCCUGGGCUCCUUCUACCUGAUAAACCUGAUCCUGGCCGUGGUGGCGAUGGCGUACGCUGAGCAGAACGAGGCAACGCGGGCCGAGAACCAGAAGAAGGAGGAUGAGUACCAACAGAUCCUGGACCUGCUGAGGACCAGGGAGGAGGAGCAGGCAGCCUGCAGGGCAGCGCUCUCAGAAAAACAGGAUUCAGAGAAGAACUCAUCAGAGAUAAAGAACCAUGAAGAAGAACACAAUGCCAUCGAAGACUUCGCUGAGGACCAGAGGCCAUGUCCACCAUGUUGGUACGUCUUCUCCGACGUCUUCCUGAAGUGGAACUGCUGUAGCUGCUGGCGGUGGCUCAAGCUGUGGCUCUACACCAUCGUCAUGGACCCGUUUGUGGACCUUGGGAUCACCAUCUGCAUCGUCCUCAACACCGUCUUCAUGGCCAUGGAGCAUUACCCCAUGACGGAGGAGUUUGAGGAGCUGCUGAGCAUUGGGAACCUGGUAUUCACAGGGAUCUUCACGGCGGAGAUGGUGCUCAAGCUUCUGGCCAUGGACCCCUACUACUACUUCCAGGUGGGCUGGAACAUCUUUGACAGCAUCAUCGUCACCAUGAGUCUGGUGGAGCUCGGACUGGCCAACGUCCAGGGACUGUCUGUACUGCGCUCCUUCAGACUGAUGCGGGUCUUUAAGCUGGCUAAGUCGUGGCCCACACUGAACAUGCUGAUAAAGAUCAUUGGUAACUCUGUGGGUGCUCUGGGGAACCUGACGCUGGUCCUGGCCAUCAUUGUCUUCAUUUUCGCGGUGGUUGGGAUGCAGCUGUUUGGGAAGAACUACAAAGAGUGUGUCUGCCGUAUAGACAAGGACUGUGUACUCCCCCGAUGGCACAUGACGGACUUCUUCCACGCCUUCCUCAUCAUCUUCAGGGUCCUGUGUGGGGAGUGGAUCGAGACCAUGUGGGACUGCAUGGAGGUCUCGGAUCAGACCAUGUGUCUCAUCGUCUUCAUGAUGGUGAUGGUCAUUGGAAACCUGGUGGUCCUGAAUCUGUUCCUGGCCUUGUUGCUGAGCUCUUUCAGCGGGGAUAAUCUGGCGGCCCCAGAGGAGGAAGGAGAAAACAAUUUGCAGAUCUCCAUAAACCGGAUAAACAGGGCUGUGUCCUGGCUGAAGAUGUGGGCCUUGGAACAGAUCUUUACUUUAAUGGGAAAGAAGAACCACGUGAGCCCAGACCUCAGUGUGAAGGAUGAAGAGGAGGACCAGCAGACCAAGGACUCCUUGGAUCUGACAUUCAUCAACUCUGAACCCCUCGGCUGUAACCGUGGCAACCUGACCAGCAACUACCACAGCCUUCCGUUGCUAAGGGUCCCCAUCGCCAAGGCCGAGUCAGACCUCGAGUCGUGGGACAACGACGACGAAGAGGACGACGAAGAGGAUGACGAAGAGGACGACGAAGAGGGCUCCCAGGGUGACGAGUCGUCGGUGUGCAGCACAGUGCAGAGACUCCCUGAUGUUCAGGAGGAAGAGGAGGAAGAAGAGCAUGAUGAAAACACACCUGAGGACUGCUUCACUGACAAGUGUUAUGGCCACUGUCCGUUCCUGGACAUAGAUACAUCCGCGGGUCGAGGGAGGGUCUGGGCUGACGUCAGGAGAACCUGCUUCUUCAUCGUGGAGCACAACUACUUCGAGACGUUCAUCAUCUUCAUGAUCCUGAUGAGCAGUGGAGCUCUGGCGUUCGAGGACAUUUACCUGGAGCAGCGGCAGGUCAUCAAGACGGUCCUGGAGUACGCAGACCAGGUCUUCACCUAUGUCUUUGUGGUGGAGAUGCUCCUCAAGUGGGUCGCCUACGGAUUCAAGACCUACUUCACCAAUGCCUGGUGCUGGCUGGACUUCCUCAUCGUGGACGUGUCUCUGGUGUCUCUGACCGCCAACAUCCUGGGAUACUCGGAACUCGGAGCCAUAAAGUCUCUGAGGACGCUGAGGGCCCUGAGACCCCUGAGGGCCCUGUCCCGCUUCGAGGGCAUGAGGGUGGUGGUGAACGCUCUGGUCGGGGCAAUCCCCUCCAUCUUCAACGUGCUGCUCGUGUGUCUGAUCUUCUGGCUGAUCUUCAGCAUCAUGGGGGUCAACCUGUUCGCAGGGAAGUUCUAUUACUGUUUCAACGAGACGUCUGAGGAGAUAUUUCUGCCGGAGGAUAUCAACAACCGCAGCGAGUGUCUGUCUCUGAUGGAGGCCGGCAGCCAGGUGCGCUGGAGGAACGUCAAGGUGAACUACGACAACGUGGGGAUGGGAUACCUGUCGCUGCUGCAGGUGGCCACCUUUAAAGGCUGGAUGGACAUCAUGUAUGCAGCGGUGGAUUCCAGAGGCGUAGAGUCCCAGCCGAAGUACGAGGAAAAUCUGUACAUGUACAUUUACUUCGUCAUCUUCAUAAUCUUUGGCUCGUUCUUCACUCUGAACCUCUUCAUUGGAGUCAUCAUCGACAACUUCAACCAGCAGAAAUCUAAGAUGGGUGGGACAGACCUUUUCAUGACGGAGGAACAGAAGAAGUAUUAUAAUGCGAUGAAGAAGUUGGGCUCCAAGAAGCCUCAGAAGCCCGUCCCCCGCCCGGAGAACAAGUUCCAGGCGCUGGUGUUUGACCUGGUGACCACACAGUUCUUCGACAUCUUCAUCAUGGUGCUGAUCUGCCUCAACAUGGUGACGAUGAUGGUGGAGACAGACGAGCAGAGCGAGGAGAAGGAGACCAUCCUGUACUGGGUCAACCUGACCUUCAUCAUCGUCUUCACCGGGGAGUGCAGCCUGAAGGUGGUGGCGCUGCGACAUCACUACUUCUCCGUGGGCUGGAACAUCUUCGACUUUGUGGUCGUCAUACUGUCCAUCGUAGGCCUCCUCCUCGCUGACAUCAUAGAGAAAUAUUUUGUUUCGCCCACACUCUUCCGAGUGAUCCGAUUGGCUCGUAUCGGCCGAGUGCUCCGUCUGAUUCGUGGAGCCAAAGGGAUCCGGACGCUGCUGUUUGCCCUGAUGAUGUCCCUUCCUGCCCUGUUUAACAUCGGCCUCCUCCUCUUCCUCAUCAUGUUCAUCUUCUCCAUCUUCGGCAUGUCUAACUUCGCCUACGUGAGGAAGGAGGGGAUGAUCGAUGACAUGUUUAACUUCGAGACGUUUGGGAACAGCAUGAUUUGUCUGUUCAUGAUCACCACCUCUGCCGGCUGGGACGGGCUGCUGAUCCCCAUCAUGAACACGCCCCCCGACUGCGACCCCGACGUGGAGCACCCGGGCUCUCCGGUGAGGGGAGACUGCGGCAGCCCGGGGGUGGGCAUCAUCUUCUUCACCACCUACAUAAUCAUGUGCUUCCUCGUGGUCGUCAACAUGUACAUCGCCAUCAUCCUGGAGAACUUCAACGUGGCCACUGAGGAGAGCUCGGACCCGCUGUGCGAGGACGACUUUGAGAUGUUCUACGAGACCUGGGAGAAGUUCGACCCCGACGCCUCGCAGUUCAUACAGUACAGGUGA